CUUGCAUUGUGUCCUAACAACUCUCAAUUUGAUACGGAUUCGCCGUCUAUUCUCGAUACUCGACAACUUCGUCGCCUUCGCCCGUCACCGACGUCGCCAUGACUCCCAUCAACAACGCGAACAACUUUGCUCUCCCAGCCUACCAACGAGAACAACUCGACGCUCUUUCAAACAUCGCUGUCAACGGUUCUGUCGAGUCUGAAAACUACUCCAUUGAAUUCCCAGAACCAGCAGUCACUUCAGAACUACAAUCGCAACGACUCAAUGGCUUCCUGGCCUCCGAUCCGCCGUACUCACGGCAAAACCAGUCGGUCGCAGCGGCGAUACGGUCGAUGACACAGACACUUCAAGCUUUCGACAUUGCUUUCGAAAUCCCAGCUCCCACAACGCCCAGGCGUACGACUCCUUGAGGCAUAGAACAUCUUUCGAUAAAUUACUUGUACAUGUUUUGAUAAUGAUAAAUGAGCGGGUUUUGGGGGUUUGGGCCAUACAUUUUUGAGAUCUCGUGGUAUUUGCAAGUUGCAGUACCGGGCGCAGGCGUUAAUGGGUACAUAGCGGGCGAGUUUUUGGAUGGGAAAUUUGGAUACCUUACUGCAAUAGCGAUGGUCAUGGAAUUAUUUGGCACGGGAAAACGACAGGUCUAGCGUUUCAUUAAAUGGGAUUAGACUUUCCUGCCUGGUUUAAUGGUUUUGAUGCGGAAUUAACCACACGUUGAAGUUCCUCAGUUUGCUCGUCCCAGGCUUGACUUCGCUUCUCUGCCCCCCUCGAGCGUUCACUACUUAACCGCCCAAUUAUACCCCUGUCGGAACACUCAAAAUUUGGGAUUUUCUUAAAGUGCAC